CUCAGCAGCAGAGCUGCUUUUACCCAACUAUGGACUGCAAGUAUGCCACAAACGAACUGACCAGAUGCAAUAAUGAGGAGAUCAGGAUUGUGAUGGUGGGGAAGACCGGAGUUGGGAAGAGCGCCACGGGAAACACCAUUCUGGGAGAACAGAACUUUAUAUCAGAGUUUUCUUUUAAAUCUGUGACUGAACACUGUAAAAAGGUUUUUGGUGAAGUGGCUGGACAAGCGGUUGCUGUUAUUGACACUCCAGGUGUGUUCGACACCAGCAUUGAUGAAAAGAAUACCAGUAAAGAUAUUGCCCACAGUGUUUCCUAUGCUUCUCCUGGACCUCACAUCUUCCUGGUCGUCAUCAGACUGGGCAGAUUCACAGAGGAAGAAAAGCAGACGGUGCAGAAGAUUCAGGAAAUCUUUGGAGAGGAAGCAAACAAAUACAGCAUGGUUCUCUUUACCCACGGUGACCUGCUCAAAGGGAAACCUAUUGAGGAGUUAUUGAAGGACAGCAAAGAGCUGCAGGAACUUGUGACCAAAUGUAACGGCCAGUACCACGUCUUUAAUAAUGAACUGAAGGACCAUUCUCAGGUCAGGGAGCUGCUCACCAAGAUCAAAGCUAUAAAAGAGAAGAACGGAGGAAGCCAUUACACCAACGACAUGUUCCAGAAAGCAGAGAAGGCGAUUGAAAAGUGUAAACAACAAAUCCUCAAAGAGAAAGAAGAGCAAAUGCGCAGAGAGAGGGAGGAACUGGAGAAAAAAAUAGAUGAAGAGUUCUGGGAAAAAAUGAAGGAAGAAGGGGCUGAUGGAAAGAGGUUGGAUAAGCUAUGUGCAGCUCAUGAAAGAGAAAAGGAAAGGGCAAUAAAGAAACUAAAAGAGAAGCAGAAAAAUCGAGCUAGAUACGAGGCCGAGAACAGAGAUGAUGUACUUGACAUUGUGGGUAAAUGUCUUUCAGUGUUGCUUAUGGUGGCUCACGUUGCAGUUCUUUUGGUGCAAAAGAAUUAAGAUUCCCAUUCCAGUUUGUUUUUCUCAUUAGGCCUGAUUUGUAACAUUAGCAGUUAAUUUAGAUUUUAAUGUUUGACAUUUGUCUUCCAAGAUGUAGAACCAUCCUUUAGGAGCUUGCUAUUGGGACUGAUCUGUUGUCAAAAAAAAUGGCUCUGUAGACACAUUUGAAUAUUGCAGUUAGCACUAACCAUAACAACAAACCCAUUGCCUUCCUGUGGCUAGAUUCACAAAAGCCAUUAUGAAUGCUUUUAAUGUGAAGCAGCAGUAGUAUGAAAUGUUUAGUUACUUUUAGCAGUAACCUAAUCCAGCUCUGGUGUGGCUGGAGGAGAGCUGGAUAACAUGCUGUGUAUAUUUCCAUCCACUAGGUUUAUAAAGGCAAUUUGAACAAAUGUGAACUUCGCUACUAAUAGCAUCCAUGCGCCAAAUCUUUGCCCAUUUUAGAAUUUGCCGGGACUUAUGUAGAGUCAGAUGCUGCCAAGAUGUCACCAUGGCUCUUCAGAAACUUAUAGGUAAUGUCACAGAGACUUCAAUUUUUUUUAUAUUUGGUUCACAAAAUAUUUUGGUGGGUCAGAACCAAAAUGCAUGAUCAAAAUGUACUUUUAUGUGAUUAAACUCAAACCCCAAUAAAUUAUUUUAAGUGUGCAGUUUAA